AUGCAGCGAGUCGCCAGGCCUUCCUUGCUCCCCACAUGCUGGGGAACCCGACGUGAUCCGAUCACCUGUCGCAGCUUCGCAACCACCCGUCUCGCUCGCAACGUCGUCAAGGAGCUGCAGGCACGAGGCAUGGUUGCUGACCUCACAAGGUAAGCGUUGCAGCGUUCAUGUCUGAGUUGUGCUCGUAAGUUCAUGGUGUAUCGCCACCUUCUGCACUCACAGUCGGUCGGUCACCAAGCAUGUCGAGCGACCGGUCACCGUCUACCUCGGCGUCGACCCUUCCGCGAGUUCACUACAUGUCGGCAACCUCGCAGCUCUCGUCGGACUACUUCACUUUCGGCUACAGGGACAUACAGCUAUUGCUCUUGUAUGUCCAUCCGCUCGCCAAAGCUCAUGCUCAGCCUUCCCCACUGAUCACUCGUGCUUGUUCCCUCAGAUCGGAGGGGCGACCGGAUCGGUCGGAGAUCCAUCAGGGAGAUCGACCGAACGCAACGCCCUCUCGUCCUCGCAACUCGACACCAACGUCCGAGCCAUCACUUCCCAAGUCACGGGCUUCCUUGACCGAGGCGUGCCUUUUGCUCAAUCGCGGAAUAGACGGAGAGAUUCCCCCGAGUCUGAAUCUUCACUCGGCCAAAUAAGGGUCGAGAACAACCUCGACUGGUUAGGUGGGAUGGGCUUGUUGCAGUUUCUCAGUUCGGCCGGAAAGAUGGCGAGGAUAUCGACGAUGCUUUCACGAGAGAGGUGGGUGGUCCAAAAACCCAUGCGAUGCGCCCGGAAGAUUUGAGUACACGCAAGAAUUGGUACUCAAAUCUUUAGGUUUUCUGCCGUCCACAGCGUCAAAUCACGACUCGAAUCCUCCUCGGGCCUCUCCUUCACCGAGUUCAGCUACCAACUCUUGCAGGCGUUUGACUUCCUCACCUUGCAUCAACGUCACAACUGUACGAUCCAACUCGGGGGUUCGGACCAACUCGGCAACAUCAUGUCCGGCAUCGAGAUGAUUCGCAAGAAUCAACUCCAGGCCCAGACCCUUCCCGUAGAUGCAACACCACCAACUACGAACAUGGAACCCAGAGUAGGAGGUGAUCAUGAAGAUCCAGCGUAUGGUAUCACGAUGCCGUUGUUGACGACCGCUUCGGGGGAAAAGUUCGGUAAGAGUGCUGGGAAUGCCAUCUGGCUGGACCCGGGCAUGACAAGUCCUUUUGAGCUGUAUCAGGUGCGUUCGAGACUUGGAGUUUAGUUUGGGAUAAUUCUGAUAUCGGCCGUUGUCGGUGAUCGUCACAGUUCUUCCUUCGGACAACAGAUGAGGAGGUGCACAAGUAUCUCAAAAUCUUCACUUUUGUGCGAGUAAUUGAGCUGGAAGCCAUUAUGGCUGACCACAAGGUGGGUUGCGGGAAAGUGAUUUACAUUCUGGUGUUGAUAAACUGACUUGUUCGUUUCUUGUAGGCCCAUCUCGAACAACGGGUCGCACAAAAGAUCUUGGCGGCCGAGGCGACCGAGCUCGUUCAUGGAGGUGAGCACAUCCUGGAGACACGAGAUAAUUACGGCCCGGCGUACUUACUUCGAUUCUACUCUCUGCAGCACUGGGAUUGCGUCAGGCAAUCGCCGCGACCUCCCUCUUUUACGGCUCGGACCCGGCAACGCUCGAUCUCGUCCCUAUCAUCGAGGCGCUCGAAGCGACACCGACGUCCAACUCGACCCAGCCGGAAGCGCAGCUACCUUCAAUGAUUCUAAAUUUACCUAAAGAAGAGUUCUUGGGACAGGCAUUGGAGAAGAUUGUGAUCGCUAGUGGAUUGGCCACGUCAAAGAGUACGGCCACGGCGCGGUUCAGAUUUGCAGUUGGACCUUGUCAUUCCCAUACUGAUUUGAUCAUGUCUUUUAUGGGUGUACAGCACAAGCAAGACGAGCGAUCGAUCAAGGUCUGAUCUCGAUCAAUGGGACCAAAGUUGCACCUAAGAAACAUCAGAGGUCGAUCGAAGUGGACGAUUUGUUGCUGGAUCGAGUGGUGUUGCUCAAGAUGGGCAAGCAGGGGAACAAGGUUGUUGUAUUGGAAUGA